AUAAAUUAAAAUGUCGGUGCAAUUAAAAACUAAUACACACGCACCCAACCACGCAAUGCAGAUGUAUAUGCAAAAAAAAAGCACCGCCAAGAAGACGAAUGCCACACCAAAACAAAUCUCCAGCAAAAACAAACUGAACUGACUCUGUGAAAUGAUGUGUCAAUCCUCUUGCUAUUGAACUUUCCAUAAGAAAAACAGAGUGCAAUAGACUUAUCAAAGAUAAAAAAAUACAAAGAAAAAAACCAGGAAAGCACCCCACCACACAUCAUCACCUCCCACAAUGGAAGCCGAUUAUAAUUUAACUGCUCUUCCGCCCAUGAUGAACGUCGAUGGUAAUGGUCAAUUGUUAAUGCCACUGCCCAAUGGCAGUGAGCAACCACAUCACUAUCAACAACAACAACCACCACAGGAUCAUCACAUUGAAUUGCAACCGCUUACCACAGCCUCAAGUGAAAUGUUGCCAGCCAUUGCUCAAACCCUGCAACAAUACGACAGCAGUGCUGUUGUAAAUCCCACUAAUAUGAAUAGUUCCAAUGUUUCACAUAUGAGCGGUAGAGAAUAUGGAACAACUGAUCAUCAUCAUAUGGGAAGUUUCUUUGGAGAGACCCCGCAUCUGGAAGUUUUAGGUGGAAAUUACACACAAACAUCUGUGCCAGAUCAGGUUCAGCAACAUCAAUUGCCAAAAGAUAGCUCGGAGGCAGAUAAAAAGCAGUCAUUGGACGCUAAGAGCACUGGAAAUUCGGGUAAAGAAGAGAAAUCAACAGCACCAGAGAUCAAGUCAAUAGAUGGAACUUUGAAAGCAAAUGCUACUUCCGUAGAAAAGAAAAUGGUUAAAGGAAAGAAAACCACAGAAGAAGAAGAAGAGCCUGGUGAUGAUGAUGAUGAUGACAUUGAGGCUGAGGAAGAAGUAGGGGAAGAAGUUGAGGAAAUUGUUGGCGUUGUGGAAGCAGAACCCAAUGCGGAAGAGGACGAAAGUGAAGCCAUUAUACCAGAUGCCAGUUUGCCAGGAGCCGCGAAUCGCGAUGCAAAUGAAGAAGAGGUGGAAGAAAAGCCCGAAGUUGAACCCCCAGAGGUAUUGAGCAAAAAAACUGAAAAAGAAAUAACGGAGAACAAAAACGAUGAGGAGGAAGAGAAAUCUCCUUCAGACGCUGAGCAACCUACUGUGUCAACACGUCGCCGCAAGGAAGAAGAUGUGGAUGAAAAUCAAUGUCGUGUCUGUUGCACCAAAGAUGAUCUGGUGACACUUUUCAAAAAAGUCGAAGAUCAAACUGUAGCCGAUAUGCUUAUGAUCAUAUGUCCUUCCGUGCAUAUAGCCAUCAAAGAUUUCCUGCCACAAUUCAUAUGCAACACUUGUUUGGACAAUGUGCUCAAGGCCAUACAGCUGAAACAUCAGUGCGAAACCACCGAAAAGGAAUUGAGGAAAAAGCUAUCAAGACACAAAAACAAAAUACGAAGACCCGCUGGCUAUGUGGUCAUCGAUGCUCCACUCGAUUCUGAUCCCGCCACCGAUGAUGAGGCCAACAACGAUGAGGAGUUUAAAGUAUCUGACGUAGGCAGUGCCACUCCCAGCGAGGAUUCGGUCUCCUCGGAUUCCAGUGAUAGCAAAAAGAAGAAAACCCGUGGUCGUAAACGUCGUAAAUCUGGAGGCACCACCACCACCUCCACCACCAAAUCAAAAGGCAAGAGUACCAAGUCCGGCAAUAACUCCUCAGACGAAGACGAUGGCGAUCCCAUUGGCAAUCACAAGCGUAAGCGUUCUUCCAAUUCUUCGCCCGAAACUUAUGCCUGCGACGAAUGUGAUCAUGUGUUUAUGCGCAAACUAUCCUUGAUUUUGCACAAAAAGGUACACUCCAAUGACCGCGAGCCCAUUAUCUGCAAGAUAUGCGGCAAGGUGUUCAAGAUCAAAGGGGCCUAUCGCACUCACAUGGAAAAACAUCGUGAUGAAAAGUCCAUCAAUAAGUGUCCAAAAUGUUCGCGACCCUUCACCAGCAAAAGUGACUUGAAACACCACAUGUCCAAGGCCCACAGCCAGUCGGGGGUAAUAGUGGCCUGUCCGAAAUGUAAGCGCACCUUUGUCUCCGCCAGCCGUCUGGAAAGCCAUCGAACUCGGUGUGAGGGCGGCGAAAAGUCGAAACACAAAACAAAGGAAGUUGCCAGCUUUGGCACUGGGCAGGAUUUGUUCAAGACGGUGGCUCCCCUCACCACAACCUAUUGGAGUGAUAGCUACUCGGAUUAGAGUGAAUCCCCAGAGACUAGCAGCACUAGUUUUAAGCACAAAAGUGUAGGUGUAGGCAAAACAAAGGUCCAUUAUAAGGCAUUGAAAUACGAACGAAUGCGAUUGUGGAAAGUAAGCUGUUGAUCAGACUCAAAUUACCCCCCUUUCGAGAGGGGUAUUUAUAGCUUUUGCUUUUGCCCUCCCCUCUUAUCCUUGACAUAACACUAUACACACUAAGUAUUAAUCAUAACUUUUGGUACAUAAAAAUUUAAAAUAUCAUUUUCAUACUACAUAUGUAUAUACGUACAUACAUAUAUCUACAUGCAUACAUACAUACAUACAAUAUAUAAAAUAUAUUUUUACAAUUUGUUAUUGAGUUUUAUGGAAAUUAUUUUUCUUUCACUUCUUAUUUUUUGCAAUUUGAUAAUCCUAGGCGAAGAAUGGACAAAGGCCAUCCAUCUCUUCCGAGAUCAAAUCAUGAUAAUGUUAGCCCUUUUUAUUUUGACAAAAAUCAAAAUUGAAUAAAAAUCAAAAAUAUGAAAUUCAACAAAAUGAAAA